AUGCUCUCCAGAGAUAUCCUCAUUUCACGGUUCAUAUACCCCCGUCGAAUGUUGACUGCCAUGGAUAUUGCGGAAAUCCAACGAUUUUACCCCAACUGUAUAGGGAUCAGAAUUUUUGUAUCCGGAUAUGCCGUAUUUCUUUUUAGAAAUAUGGCGGAAAUGCAAAGUGCCUGGAGCAACGGAAACCCAGAUCAUGUAGGCGGUUUAUUACCCCGUUUUGACAUCGUGGACAUAAUGCCAUGCAGAGAAACAAUACCAUUACCAUCUGGUAAUGGUAUUGCACUUACUCCAAAUUCUUUUACUUCUCAGAUAUGCCUUGGCUUAAAAAUACGGCUUGUGGGCGGUGAAGAAGCAAUUACAACUGUUACCCAUGGCUUCGUCAAGCUACCCCACUCGGUACCUCGCUUCCCAAGGGUUGCCAGUUGGAUGAUCCGAGCAAAGCAGCGGUUACAAAGAUUCCUGCCGAAUAAGCCUCUUAUUACGUUACCUGGUGAGGUGGAGUGCCGUCAACGGGGUGUUCUUGGAUCUUUGGCCCUUGGGAAGGCUGUAUUUCUUUCAAGUGAAGCCACCAAUAUUGGAACCAUUACAACUACAUAUGAUAAUCCAAGCCCACUUUACCCUUAUCCAGCAGGAUACACCCAUGAUUUGUCUUUGUUUACGGACUCUAACCUUCCACGCAUCACUAGCCCACCGGGUGUUGGAAUGGUCACUGGAUGGGCAGACUAUAUUGAUGCCCUCGAAGGAAAGCCCGUUUUUACUACCACAUCUGAUGUUUCGAUAAACCAAGAACGACGAGUGGAAGGGCAAAUAGCCACGAAUUCAACAAAACAAGCAAUGAUCGAAGGUGCUGAGUAUGUGUGGGAAUCUUCUGCCAUUACCGCCUCUUUGCUAUGGAGAACAAUAGGUAAAGAUAAUCAACCUGUCGACAAAUUUUCGGGACCGGUUUUAUGUCUUGGAAGACCCACGGAUGAGAAUGUCAAGGCUGUCGUUUUUCAAAAUUACGUUACUCCAGUCAAGGAAUGGCAAAUAAGAGGGGAAGAUCCUCUGUCUAGUACUUUUAAUCCAACUAUGAAGGCAGGCUUUUUACUCCCCAGCGAAAUAAGAGAGAGCGAGAUUAUUUGUGAACCCAAGCAAUCGCAGGAGAGAGGGUUAAAUUCUCUCCCCAAGCGUGGAGAGAAUCCACCUUGUGGUAGCCAUGAAAGGAAAUUCUUUACAGGUCCCAAGUAA